AUGUUGUUGAUUCCUUUGAUUUUACUCCUAGUAUUUGCCGACAAAAUAGCCGCGAGUGAAAAAGGAACUAAAGUGCUGUCCACUGAUAUUGAGGUUGAAGAUGAAUUCGCCACAGUGCGCAACAAUCCUGAUCCUAAGGACAAGCUGUGGCCUUUCACAAAAACUGAUAGGGAUCGCGUAAAUCUAUUGGGACAGCCGUAUGAUUUCGACUCUAUAAUGAAUUACGACAUGGUUGCCUUCUCCAAGGAUCAAAGUCAAUUUGAUACUAUCAGAGCUAAAAAUGGACAAAAGAUGAGCAGUUGCCAUUUUAAAAACGAAAUUAGCGUUGGCGAUGUCAAGAAGCUUCAGGAGCUUUAUAGAUGUAAAGGUGUGCAACAAAAACCUUGCUUUCCAGUUGAUAUUGUCUGUCAUUUCAACCAAAAUAAAUGUGGAUUCAAAGAAGUCGCUCAUUGGAUAUGGGUUUUUCGAACAGAUCCAGAACUCGAAACUGUUGGGUAUCUGGAAUGCAAGCUGGAUGUUACGGUUUCCCUUGAAGACUAUAUAAGGAGCAUCAAUUUUCAUGGGUUGAGCCCUCGCGAUUCUAAGCGCGGACCGAACGGAUGCAUAAAGUUCAUGUACCAAUUUGUAGGAUAUCGUCACGGACAUUUGUCUCUGGAGGUACUACGAAUAGGGUUGGAAUCCACUUUUGAUUUUGUGGAUGCUCCACCGAAAGAUGCCAUCAGCAUUUGGUCGACAACCGUAAAAGCUCGAUCAACAAAAUGGGUUCGUGUCUCUUUCCCUGUCAACGUAUCAACGCCGUUCGCGCUUCAUUUCAAAUUCAAACUCUUGGACGGAACAGAAAGAGGCUCGGUAAAAGUGGAUGAUUUCGAGGUGAGGUACACCGCCUGUGACCACCCAUCGCACGCUACACCACCGGAUAAAUCAAAAAUUGAUUUGCUUAAAUCUUUGCCGAACAAAGCAAUCAAGUCAAUGCGACCACCCUCCCUAAAGCUCUCCUCUUCAAAACGUCGUCGUGCUGCGAGCGCCUCUUCAGAUGGGUCAAAAGUCGGCUGGCUUAGAUCUUGGUCUACCAAAUUAUCCAGACUCAGAACAUUUUCAUCCUUUGGAUCCUUUAGAUCUUCUUUUGAAUCUCCCUCAUCAAACAGUUUCAGUAUAUCAACACCGGAUUCUUCGAAGUUCUCAACCGAAAGUUGAAAAAAUUCAGAUUCAAAAUCUCUCACUCCUUUCAAUAUAUCAGACAAUUUAUUCACCAACUAUGGAAGGACAAAACAAAUUGUACAGGAAUUUUAAAGAGCCUCAUGCAAAAAAGGCAGGGCCUCGCUCUAACUGCUUGCAUUUUUAGUACAAAGAUAUUCUUACAACAAAGCCCUAUAUUCUUGGAAGUUUCAAGUCCCAAAAAAUGACAUCCGCGGAAUAACUUUUGCAUCAAUUACGUUGUAGCACGAGUGAUUGACCUGCAAUCUGUGCUAAAAGUCGUUAAACAAUGUGAACUUUCAUUUUAUGUAUAAUAGUCAAUUUUUU